GUUGUGCUCGCUCAGCUCGCCCGGCUACCCGCGUUGCCAUCUUGCUUGUCGACCGCGACCACGAUUGUCUCGUAGUCACACCACUGCCAGCGCGCACAAAAUGAGCGAGGCUAUGGCUGCUGAGGGUGCUGUGACCGCACCGGCGGCGCGUCCGACAGGAGCAGAAGUGGCACCGACAGAGCAGCCGCAAGCUCCGCCGUUCUCGGGCGAGGCGGAUCCGGAGAUCAUGUCCGUCCUCGCGAAGACGCAGAACAAGUGCUUCGCGGAGAUGGGCUACUUCCCUACGCUUCUGCAGGAGCACCACGAGCUGCAGCGCCAGUACGCGCUGCUGAGGAGCGACAAUCAGAAGCUGUACGCGGACAACUACAACCUCGCGCAGUUCAUCCACGCGCAGGACGCGCGCAUGAAGGACAUCCGCGCGCCGAUCGAGCAGAGCAAGCGCGCCAACGAGGAGAUGGAGGGCCGAUUGCAUGCAGCGUUGAACGAGAUUAUGCUCCUCCGACAAGAGCUGUCGCGGUUUAUCCCCUCGGCGGUCAUGGUCCCCGCGCACGAGAGGAUGAUGGUCCAGCAUCCGCAGCAGCAGGUCGCCCAGCAGCGGGUUGUGUCGAUCCCGGCUCAGCAGAUGGUCGCCCAGCAAACACCGACCCUCGCCGCGUACAAACAACGGCCACCUCAGCAACACCGGGCAAUUCAACCGCUCCCGGCAGUUCGUUCGCAUCCCGAGCUUUCACCCAUCAACACCUCCGCGCCUCCCAAUAUUGCUUACCAUCGCCGCACAUCGGCUCCAGUCGUUAUGCCCAACGGCGCUGGUCCGAGCUCUUCGUCCGCCUCUCCCCUCGGCAAUUUUAAUGGCCUUAGUCUCCAGUCGCCAGCGCCGACGACCCCUAAUUCGAGCCGGCCAUCUACGUCCGGCGCGCCCACCGGCGGUCCUCCUGCUGCUUCUCGAUCAGUGUCUGGCCCCGUAAGCAGUCUGCACAGAGUGCCACAGCCACAAAGGGUUUCUACCAGCUCCCUAGCGGGCGCUUUCAUAGACCUGACGGCAGAUGAGUCCCGAGCCCAGGAGGGCUCUAGGAAACGCCGUAAAACCGACCACGGGCCGGAGAUGGCUGGUUCGCCCGCUCAGCAGUACCCGGUGCAGACUGCGACGCCUAUAACGCCCUCCUCGUGGAACCCACCCGAAGGAUAUGACACCUCCGUGCUACUCAAUGCUUCGCCCUUCCCCUCCGCGUCUACCAGCGACUUGCCCCCAGUCACCUCACAACCCCCCAGUGUGGCAGAGGCGAGUAAACCACUUGACACCUUCCCGCCACAACCACCACCUAGCAAUGAUGUGGUCAUGGAGCAGCAGUCUUCCGUGGAGGAGGACUGUCUGGAGGCGAACUUUGACGACGACGAUGAAGACGAGAACAAGCUAUGGUGCAAGAUGUGCAGAUCUCGAUUUAAAGCCGGCCACACGACGGAGGCUCCACAGCCCUUCGACAACGUGUCGCAACAGGAGCUGAUCGCGCACUGCGAGAGUGUGCACCCCCGCGGGUGGGAGAUCCUCAAACAGAAAGUAUCCGAACAACGUGCCGCCGAAUCACAGCCGCCAGCAUAACACUU